AUGACUGGGCCGCGAUGCCGCCGGUCGCUCCUUGCAGUAGCGUGCGUUUGCACCUGCAUUGGUCGCAGCGCCGGCGUUUUCGAUGGUGGCGAUGAGGAACAUGACCUUGGCACUCGCGCAGCACAGGCUGCAUGGGCGGCUCUGGAGUCCGUGGUACACGACGACGCUGGGCGAGGCGCCAGCGCGGUGGACUGGCGCAGCGUGGAGAGCGGCCUGGCGGCGGUGCACCCGCACGCGGAGGCCUCCGCCGCGCUGGGCUGGCUGCACCUGUUUGGGGUGCCCGGCGCCAGCGGCGACUUCGCACCCCCGGGCGGCUUCCGGCGCGACGUCGACCGCGCCGUGACCGUCCUCCGCGAGGGCGCCGCCCUCUCCGGCCCGGCGUGCGGGCGGUGCUAUGCCCUGCUGGGGCUGCUGCUCACGUGGGGUAUCCGCCGCUGGUGA